AUGGGAAAGAACAAGGCAGGAAAUCAAGUGGAAUCCGAUUUUGCUCGUCUGGGAGUCAGAAUGUAAGUGAUACUGUUUGCACAGUCAAUAACACGUAGCUUUGCAGCGAGCUGUCUGAUAAGCGUCAGUUCCCAAUCGAUCAAUUCGAACUCUUCGUGCACGAAGCGAUUCGCGAAAUAUUCGGAACCUGCGGACCCAUUGUCAAGGUAAGAGCAGCGAAACAAAUAAAAGCACUGAGCAAACAGCUUAUUCUGCUGCUCACGCGUUUGUAGUUUCUGUUGUACUCCAAAUAUCUUUCUAAUAACCGCCUAAAACGUGACCUUUGUUUACAGGUUUCCGAGUACGACACUAGUCUCCGUCGUGGAUCAAUCGUCGCCCCGGGUAACGAAAUCCAGCAAGUUUGGGCUGCGCUCUCCGCCAAAGGCCAGUUCCAAGGACAACGAAUUGCCGCUCAUCUCCAUACUGUUAGUUGAGCAUCCAUUUUCUCCUAACUUUGUGAUUUUCAGUUAACGGAAACUUCUGCCACCAACCUCUUCUAA